AUGGCAACUUCACUUCUCGGGGAAGAACCGAGGUUGGGCUCCACUCCUCUGGCCAUGCUCGCCGCGACCUGCAACAAGAUCGGCAGCCCCAGCCCGUCCCCCUCCUCCCUGUCGGACAGCUCCUCGUCCUUCGGCAAAGGCUUCCACCCCUGGAAACGCUCCUCCUCUUCGUCCUCGGGCAGCUGCAACGUGGUGGGCUCCAGCCUAGCCGGCUUCGGCGUGUCCGGCGCCUCCAGGGCCGGCGGCUCGUCCUCGGCAGCCGCGGCGGCCGCGGCAGCGGCGGCUGCAGCCGCGGCCCUGGUGUCCGACUCGUUCGGCUGCGGCGGCUCUCCGGGCUCCAGCGCCUUCUCGCUCACUUCCAGCAGCGCCGCGGCCGCCGCUGCCGCCGCCGCUGCCGCCGCCUCCAGCUCGCCGUUCGCCAACGACUACUCGGUGUUCCAGGCCCCCGGCGUGCCAGGGGGAAGCGGCGGCGGCGCCGGGGGAGGCGGCGGUGGAGGAGGGGGCGGCGGCGGCGGCGGCGGGGGAAGCUCGGCGGCGCACUCCCAGGACGGUUCGCACCAGCCUGUGUUCAUCUCCAAGGUGCACGCGUCGGUGGACGGGCUGCAGGGCAUCUACCCGCGCGUGGGCAUGGCGCACCCGUAUGAGUCGUGGUUCAAGCCUUCGCACCCGGGCCUGGGCGCUGCUGGCGACGUGGGCUCGGCCGGCGCCUCCAGCUGGUGGGACGUGGGCGCCGGCUGGAUCGACGUGCAGAACCCCAACGGCGCGGCCGCUCUGCCCGGCACGUUGCACCCGGCCGCCGGGGGGCUCCAGACCUCGCUGCACUCGCCGCUCGGAGGCUACAACUCGGAUUACUCGGGCUUGGGCCACUCGGCCUUCAGCAGCGGCGGCGCCGCCUCGCACCUGCUCAGCCCCGCCGGCCAGCAUCUCAUGGACGGCUUCAAACCCGUGCUGCCCGGCUCUUACCCGGACUCGGCCCCGUCGCCGCUGGCCGGCGCGGGCAGCUCCAUGCUGAGCGCUGGGCCGCCGGCGCCACUCGGAGGCUCCCCGCGCUCCUCAGCGCGCCGCUACUCGGGCCGUGCCACCUGCGACUGCCCUAACUGCCAGGAGGCCGAACGCCUGGGCCCCGCCGGCGCCAGCCUGAGGCGCAAGGGUCUGCACAGCUGCCACAUCCCGGGCUGCGGUAAGGUGUACGGCAAGACGUCGCACCUCAAGGCGCACCUACGCUGGCACACGGGUGAGCGGCCCUUCGUGUGCAACUGGCUCUUCUGCGGCAAGCGCUUCACGCGCUCCGACGAGCUGCAGCGGCACCUGCGGACCCACACCGGCGAGAAGCGCUUCGCCUGUCCCGUGUGCAACAAGCGCUUCAUGCGCAGCGAUCACCUCAGCAAGCACGUGAAGACGCACAGCGGCGGCGGUGGCGGCGGAGGCUCCGGGAGCUCGGGCGGCGGCGGCAAGAAGGGCAGCGACACCGACAGCGAGCACAGCACCGCGGGCAGCCCGCCCUGCCACUCUCCGGAGCUACUGCAGCCGCCGGAGCCAGGGCACCGCAACGGUGGUCUCGAGUGA